AUGAACGAUCGACCAAAGGAGGAAGGAAUCGCAAAGUCGAUGGCAAUGAAUAGUGAUACUCACCAAAUUAUCACGAGUGUCCCGCCUAUUAUCGAUCAACCUAAGCCUCCUCAGCAUACUUCCAGGUCCAGUUCCAGUAACAUCAAAUCUAUCGAUAUUUAUUCAGUUUCUGAUUCUGAUUCUGAUUUUGAUUCUGAUGACGAUCUUAAACCAGUUGAAGAGGUAGAGAACAGAUCUGCCAGGCAAGGCACGGCUGAGGAAGUGAUCACGGUUUCAUCUUAUCCGAAACGAAAUCGUCCACCGGUCAAUUAUGACGAAGCCGUCUUGAGGAUCAAAAUGCCUAGCUAUAGUUCAAAGCGAACUAAGCUAACGCCCACGCAGUCGGUUCCAAAACUGCGUGGUGUUAUUGUUGGUACAUGGAAAGACUCAGAGCAACUCGACGAUCACGACAAACAUAUCGUCCAUGGAUUUAUCGAUGAUGGAGAACGACUUCGGUUUAGGAUAUACGGAACAAAUCGUCAACACACCAAGUCUCUGGCUAUUCCUCCAGGAGCUUACGGUUGCUGGGUCAAAUUUCAAAAUAUCGCCUUUGAUCCUCAUCUAAGUACAAAGACUCCUGAACAAAUCAAAGACUACGUCAUUCUCAAGUCACAGGAGAACCAAAAACAAUCAGAUAGGCUUCCGCGAGAAUCCCGAGACGUUGACCAAGAUGUUUCUACUAAAGUCAAUGACAUUCAAUCAUUGCCCAAACCAGAAAUCCUCCUUGGAUACUGGGCGGACUCAAAUCAAGUGGAUGCCAAAGACAAACACGCAGUUUUUGGUACUAUUGUCGUCAAUAGCAACCAUAAAUUCAGAUUCAUGAUUCGAAAAUCUACUCGUGAUGGACGUUUUGUGUCGGGCAAUUUUCCAGUAGGCGCUGGGAACUAUCAGGUCCAAUACGAAAAGAUCGUGCUCGAGGAGCAUUUGUCUAAGCUGAAGCGCUCGGAAGUUGAACAGUAUAUUCUCAUUCGCCAAAGAGAAAUACUGGAAGGUGGCAAUCGUGAUUCACACAGCCAGCAACUCAAUGCAGUCAAAUUAGCCAAGGCUGCUGUAGCAUUACAACAUCCGUCAGAUCCGAAUCUCUCUGGCCACAAUGUCUCCAACCCUGAUCCCGAGAUUGAACAAUCUCUCCAACGCAAAGAAACAUCGAGAGGAAAGAUAGCAGAUAGAAAGCAGCCGCCGCAUCUGCAAGGAGCAAAUGAUAAUUCUGCCAACGACACUCUGGGAGACCAAUCUGCUCCCCAUAGGAAACUGUCGGCUGAGCGACAACUUGCAAAGUCGAUGAACAAAUUGAACAAAGCAUGGGAAGCUCAACAGGAAGCGAAGACUCAGCAGCCAGUCACCUCUCCACGUCCAGAGGCUACUGCAAGUGGCAGUUCUCUCACCAAUGAUAAUAUCAAGAUGUACGGAGGCAUCAAAUACACAAGAAGACAGAAUGGUAUAUUCGAGGGGAAACAUGUUGGACCCCCGCAGCUUUUGAACAUAGAUGGAGUAGACUACGUCGAGUAUCGGGUGCUGACAAAAGCGUUUUGA